CGGCCCUCGAGCCCUCCUGUUUCCCAUGAUGCUCCGCGAGGCCAAACAGUAAGAUGGCAGCGGCGGCGGAGCUGGAGAGGGAGGCUCUGCGCGCGGAGGAGUUAAAGGGGUGUGGUCAGAGUUACAGUGAGGGUGUUGGCCGGAAGAGUCAUGUGGAUGAUUACAGCACCUGGGACAUCGUUAAAGCCACUCAGUAUGGGAUAUUCGAGCGCUGUCGGGAGCUGGUAGAGGCAGGGUAUGAUGUCCGUCAGCCGGAUAAAGAGAAUGUCACUCUGCUGCACUGGGCUGCCAUCAACAACCGCAUUGACCUGGUCAAAUAUUACAUUUCUAAAGGGGCGGUGGUGGAUCAGCUCGGAGGAGACCUUAACUCCACGCCACUGCACUGGGCAACAAGGCAGGGUCAUCUCUCCAUGGUGGUGCAGCUGAUGAAGUAUGGUGCUGAUCCGUCUCUGAUUGAUGGAGAGGGGUGUAGCUGUGUUCACCUGGCUGCUCAGUUCGGACACACCUCCAUCGUAGCUUACCUCAUAGCUAAAGGACAGGAUGUUGAUAUGAUGGAUCAGAAUGGGAUGACCCCUCUGAUGUGGGCGGCGUAUCGGACACACAGUGUGGACCCAACAAGGUUAUUGUUGACGUUUAACGUGUCGGUGAAUUUGGGUGAUAAAUAUCAUAAGAACACAGCGCUGCAUUGGGCCGUUUUGGCAGGAAAUACCACAGUGAUUAGCCUGCUGCUGGAGUCUAACGCUAACGUCGACGCUCAGAACAUAAAGGGGGAAACUCCUUUGGAUUUGGCAAAGCAGAGGAAGAAUGUGUGGAUGAUUAAUCACCUGCAGGAGGCGCGACAGGCUAAAGGCUAUGACAGCCCGUCUUACCUGAAGAGACUUAAGAUGGAUAAGGAGUUUCGUCAGAAGGUGAUGCUGGGGACUCCAUUUGUGGUCAUCUGGCUGGUGGGCUUCAUUGCUGACCUAGACAUCGACUCGUGGCUCAUUAAAGGGCUGAUGUAUGCUGGAGUUUGGCUCACAGUGCAGUUCCUGUCCAAGUCAUUUUUUGAUCACUCCAUGCACAGCGCUCUGCCCCUUGGGAUUUAUCUGGCCACUAAAUUCUGGAUGUACAUCACAUGGUUCUACUGGUUUUGGAAUGAUUUACCAUUUGUCACCACACACCUGCCCUUCCUGCUCAACAGCCUGGCUCUCUUCUACAACUUUGGCAAGUCCUGGAAGUCUGAUCCUGGCAUCAUCAAAGCUUCUGAGGAGCAGAAGAAAAAGACUAUAGUAGAGUUGGCAGAGACGGGCAGUCUAGACCUGAGUAUAUUCUGCAGCACCUGUUUAAUACGAAAGCCCAUCAGGUCCAAACACUGUGCUGUCUGUAAUCGGUGCAUUGCCAAGUUCGACCACCACUGCCCGUGGGUCGGCAACUGUGUAGGAAGUGGAAAUCACCGCUAUUUUAUGGGUUAUUUAUUCUUCCUGCUGUGUAUGAUCUGCUGGAUGAUGUAUGGCUGCAUAUCCUACUGGCGUUUGCACUGUGUGAGCAGCUACAGCAGAGAUGGAUUGUGGGUAUACGUUACUCAGAUUGCCACCUGCUCGCCCUGGAUGUUCUGGAUGUUCCUCAACAGCGUUUUCCAUUUCAUGUGGGUGGCGGUGCUCAUCAUGUGCCAACUGUACCAGAUUGCUGGUUUAGGUAUCACUACUAAUGAGCGAAUGAAUGCAAGGCGUUAUAAACACUUCAGGGUCACAGCGACAUCCAUCGAAAGUCCUUUCAAUCACGGGUGUGUUCGGAACCUGAUAGACUUCUUUGAACUGCGAUGCUGUGGACUGCUUCGACCAGUGGUGGUGGACUGGACCGUCCAGUUUUCUAUAGAAUAUGACCAGACUUCCGGAUCCGGAUACCAACUGGUUUAACAUGGCCUCGGAGCAGGAGAGAGAGAGAGAGGGAGAGAAAGAGCGAGCGAGCAAGGACGAAUGUUCGGCAAUUGCUGUGUGUGUGUGUGUGUGUGUGUGUGUGUGUGUGUGUGAUUGGAGGGCUUUAUUGGACCACCGUUUUCACCCAGAGAGACUGCAGUAUACAGCAUUAGCAUUAGCAUGCUGCUAACACAAACUUUUGCUACAAACACCCACAUACACCAUUGUCCUCCUUUGAGCUGCUUCAAUCCCCCAAUCACACACACUCACUGCUGUUCAGAUUGGCUUCUGUUAUUUUAUUUUUACUUUGUAUUUUUGGUUAUUUCUUUGUUUAUGUUUACUGUUAACUCUGAAUAACCUGAAGCUCUUAGGAGCCAUGUGUGUGUGUAACAGUGGUCUGAAUACUUUUGGAGCGAAUGUUUGAUAAUGUGACUUAAUUUAUUUUAACUUUAUUUAAAUGUUUUAAAGUUUCUGAGCUUCUUUUACUGUCCAGUUUACAUUCAGUAGUUUGUACUGUGUGUGUGUGUGUGUGUGUGUGUGUGUGUGUGUGUGUGUGCGUGCGUGCGUGUGUUAGGGGGGGAGGGGACUGAAGGCCGGACUGAAUGGUAAAACUGUCUCACACUUGGCUGCAGGAGAAGCUCCUCCCCCUGGGGGCGGUUCUGUUUCUGUUGUUGAUAGGAAGCCCCGCCCCUCUCCAGACGCUCCGCCCCCGGGCCGGACUGUAAGACUGUAUAUAGCCCUGCGCUCUGUGUUAGUCAGUGUUAGGCUGUACUGCCGUGUCCGACUGUAGCUGUUUAUACGCAUUUUAAUCCUCAACCUCCAGUGCAUGAGCGAAGCUUGGGGCCGUUGCUAUAGUAACAUGCCCUCCCUGUCCCGCCCUUCGGGCAUUUGUAAAUAGUGAAUGUUCAGUAUUUGCAAGUUUGUUGUUUUUUUUUUUUUUUUAUCCUUUUUUUAUUAAUUUUUUUUUUUACAGUUUGAUCCGGUUUAAUGUCUUUAGUGUCGAUCGGAUCUGCAGCUCUGCGGAAUUCCGACCUGAAUGUUCCAUAAAUAUUAAUAUUCAUCAGGAGGGAUUUAUUUGAUCAGUGUGGAGAUCAGUAACGAUGAUCAGCACUCAUUAUCCUCAGUACUGCAGGGGUCUCGAUCAUCUAGAGAGAGAGAAAAUAAAUAAACAAAUGAGUUUGAUGACCCACGAUUCCUCUGCCGUUUCUCUGCAGUGCCUCAUUAGGAUCCCAACGUUCCCAAUGCUCCCAACGCUCCCAACCUCCUGGGCAUGGAUUCAUUUUAUGCUUUAAUAAAAAAAUAUAUACAUAAA